GGGCAUUGUUGUGGUGACGUCACGGCGGAGGAUGCGGGCGCCCCAUUGGAGCGGGCUCCGCCGCCGCGAGCUGCGCUCUUAAAGGGCGCCGAGAGCCGGAGCCGGAGCGGCUGCGCCGGCGGGGCCCAUGGCCAGCACCAGCAGCCCCCUGUAUGAUGCUGUUCCAAUCCAGUCUAGUGUGGUUUUAUGUUCCUGCCCAUCCCCAUCAAUGGUGAGGAACCAGACGGAUUCCAGCGCUCCACCUGUCAUUUCCACCUGUGGCAGCAGACAGGGGUCUAACAUGGAGGGCACUGCAGCUGAAUCAAGGUCUAGUUCAAACUCUCUACAGCAACAUUCAGGACAACAGCCUCCACAGCCACGAAAGAAACGACCUGAAGACUUCAGAUUUGGAAAAAUUUUGGGUGAAGGAUCUUUCUCAACAGUUGUCUUGGCUCGAGAAUUGGCAACUUCCAGAGAAUAUGCCAUUAAAAUUUUAGAGAAACGUCAUAUCAUAAAAGAAAACAAGGUACCAUAUGUGACCAGAGAGAGAGAUGUAAUGUCCCGUCUGGAUCACCCUUUCUUUGUGAAACUCUACUUCACCUUUCAGGAUGAUGACAAGCUGUACUUUGGCCUUAGCUAUGCCAAAAAUGGAGAGCUUCUAAAAUACAUUCGCAAAAUUGGCUCAUUUGAUGAGACUUGCACCAGAUUUUAUACUGCUGAAAUUGUAUCAGCAUUAGAGUACUUGCAUGGGAAGGGAAUUAUUCACAGGGACCUUAAGCCAGAGAAUAUUUUGCUAAAUGAAGAUAUGCACAUUCAAAUAACAGACUUUGGAACAGCAAAAGUAUUAUCUGCAGAUAGUAAACAAGCACGGGCAAACUCAUUUGUAGGGACAGCACAGUACGUUUCUCCAGAGCUGCUGACAGAGAAAUCUGCCUGUAAAAGUUCUGAUCUCUGGGCUCUUGGAUGUAUAAUUUAUCAGCUUGUAGCUGGAUUGCCUCCAUUUAGAGCUGGAAAUGAAUAUCUUAUAUUUCAGAAGAUAAUUAAGUUGGAAUAUGACUUCCCCGAAAAAUUCUUCCCCAAGGCCAAAGACCUUGUAGAAAAGCUCUUGGUUCUAGAUGCUACAAAAAGAUUAGGCUGUGAAGAAAUGGGAGGGUAUGAACCUCUGAAGGCUCAUCCAUUCUUUGAAUCAAUCUCAUGGGAGAAUCUGCAUCUUCAGACACCCCCAAAGCUCACAGCGUACUUGCCAGCAAUGUCUGAAGAUGAUGAAGAUUGCUAUGGAAAUUAUGACAAUCUCCUGAGUCAGUUUGGUUGUAUGCAAGUUUCUGGUUCUUCCCACUCGCUGUCUGGUCCAGAAAUGAGUCCACCACAAAUGUCAGGUGGUAACAUUGAACAGUACAUUCAUGAUCUUGACAGUAAUUCCUUUGAACUGGACUUGCAAUUUUCUGAAGAUGAGAAGAGGUUACUUCUGGCAAAACAAGCUGGUGGAAACCCAUGGCAUCAAUUUGUAGAAAAUAACUUAAUACUAAAAAUGGGUCCAGUAGACAAAAGGAAGGGAUUGUUUGCUCGUCGGCGCCAGUUACUCCUCACAGAAGGGCCCCAUUUGUAUUAUGUGGAUCCUGUCAACAAGGUUCUGAAAGGGGAGAUUCCAUGGUCACUAGAGCUGCGACCGGAAGCCAAGAAUUUUAAGACCUUUUUUGUUCACACAGAUGAAACAGGUGCCUACUUAAUAGACAGAGACCCGACCUACUUUGGGCCAGUGCUGAACUAUCUCAGACAUGGAAAACUGGUUAUUAACAAGGACCUUGCAGAGGAAGGUGUACUGGAAGAAGCUGAAUUCUACAACAUCACAUCACUAAUAAAACUUGUAAAGGACAAAAUAAGAGAAAGAGACAGCAAAAUCUCACAGGUGCCAGUCAAACAUGUAUACAGGGUGCUGCAGUGCCAGGAGGAGGAGCUCACCCAAAUGGUCUCCACAAUGUCUGACGGCUGGAAAUUUGAGCAGCUUGUCAGUAUAGGUUCCCCAUAUGCCUCUGGCCGGGCCCAGCAGUCAGAGUUUCUGCUGAUAGUAGCACGGGAAGUGAGAGGGGAGGAGAGACGCCUCCAGAAAUGCUGCAGUGAGUUGGUCAGUAUUGGUUCUUCCUAUAACUACGGAAAUGAAGAUCAGGCUGAAUUUCUGUGUGUUGUCUCGAAGGAGCUGCAUAAUACACCGUAUGGCACAACGAGCGAGCCCAGUGAAAAAGCAAAGAUUUUGCAAGAGCGAGGUUCCAGGAUGUGAAGACAGUAUUGAACACUGAAGAUUUUUUUCCUCUUUUAUUCCAAGAUGCAGUGAAUUGUCACGUGGAAGAGGCUUGCUGUGAAAAGAAGAGAUCUGAUUUAGACAAUUUUCUGUUGCUCUGGGUUGAACCAUUUUUGCCUAUAAGCUGGUAUAAACUGGCUGAAAGCACUGCAAGAUUACUGAAUGGGAAUAGAUUUUGUGAGAGUGUGUUAAGCUUUGGUUCUAGUGCAUGGUUGUACUCUCUCAUGGGCUGACUAAUACUGGUCACAUGGAAAGAAACCACCAUGCACUCCUAUUUUCCUCUGAGACAUGUAGCACUUCCACCUGGUGCUGGCUGACCCAAUGUCGAUCAGUUUGAAGUGGUUUUGGUAUUAAUCAUGAAAACAAUUAAAGGACAAUGUACUUGGUGCUACGUAUAUAUUACAGCCCAUAAAUGCAAAUAUUUGGGCCUACAUUGUUUGUCUCAGAAUCAAUGGCAGCCCCAGUUUACUGUCUUACACUGCACAUUCCUUAUGGCUCUGUGACACGCUCUCGUAUGUCAGAAAGGUGUAGGAGAUCAGCUGAGACUAGCAUGUAAAAAAUUACACUCCAGGCAGAGGUCCCGUAGGAGAGGAAGGGUGCGCGUCAUGGCUGGAGAGAUGGCUUAUUUCAGUAUACAAAGGGAAGACUAAACUUAGAGAAAAUGUCCCUUGUCUGAGUCAUUCCUCCUGUCAAAACUUCCUCCUGGAAAAGUUAAGCUCCAGUCUUAGCCAGAUGUUCGAAAAGAGAAUCGGUAAUUUUUAAAAAUGAAUUUUACACCUGAGCAUCUGGUCUGUUGUUUCCAAGUGUCUGCUCUACCCAAACGUAUGUACUUCUUAAAUUGCCUGCAAGUGUUGAGUUCCUCUUGGAUUUCAUUAGGUAUUUUUGAGAGCUGGAGCGUGGCCGGUUAGUGCUAGAUUCCGAUCUCUUGUGAGUGGGUUUAAAAUUGCCCUGAAGUGUGAACAUGAACUCACCCAAUUAAAAAUUGGAAUUAAUUGCUUUGAAUAUUCAGGAUGUUUACAAGUCCAUCUCCUUGUUGUUUCAACUGUGCAGUUCUUUCUGAUUUUUUCUAAGAACGCUGCGUGGAAACACUUGACUCAGUUUUUUGGGGACAGGCCUGUGGUAACUUAAUACGGAAGUCUGGAGCGUUUGUUUUAAACAAAACCGUUACCAUGAUCUUUGAAUUUGAUGGAACCAAAUUGACAGUAGGAAAGCUCUCAAUUCUUGCAGCUUCACUGGGCUGCACAGCUUCAGAUGGAGCAGCUUAAAAAGGCUCGUCAGAGACUGUCUGGAAUUCUAAACGCAUUUCAGCCUGUUUAAUGAAACAACCUCAGCAUCUGUGCAUAUACCAUAUCUUCUACCACUGAAGCGUGUAAUGCUUCACGUGAAACCAGACUUGCAAGCGCCUAGGGUCCACCUGUAGUUUUUUUUAAACUGUUGUACGCUGGGAAAAGUUUGCCUGGAGCUGUUUGUAAAACCAUUUCUACUAAGUAGGGCAAGCAAUGGGCUCAGUGGCCGUCCAUGCAUUGAAUGCUUGAAAGGGUUUGUAACGUGUUCUGCCCCGUGGGCACGGCCUGCACGGGAGGCUGCUGCCCCUCUGCGGUACCACAUACAGUGCUUGUCUUUCUUUAAGGUGUUAAAACAUAAUUGAAUUUACUAAAAUGGAAUUAUUCUGCAGGGGAAAUGUUUAUACUUUUUAUACUUUUUUAGGCAUCCAUAUUUUAUCAGGUUAGAGUUAAUGCCUAAAUUUCCCCUAGAUAGUAAUAAGUAAAUCCUGUGUAUCUGAAGAUAAGCAUAAUAAUUGUUUGUUUCAAACUGCAUAUUGAAGCACUUCCUCAGCUGCAAUAGCCACUGUUUCAAGCAGCUUGACAUGACCCGUGUUCUUCAGCCUCGGUGGCUCGUGGAGUUGCAGCCUGUAGGGAGUCUUCGUCUAUUCCUGCUGCGCUCCUCGGAGGAAACUCGGCAUUUUUAGUGUCUGCAAAUAACCCAAACGUCCUGUUGCUGUUCCAAAAUCUGCUGUUGUGUUUUCUGUUUCAUUGGUUAGUACACAAAAGAAGAAGUUUUGGUUCUCAGAAAUCAGCUGAAAUCCUCAAGGAUGAGGGCAGCAAAACACAAGUAACAAAGAGAGCAAAUUGAACAAACUUGAAAUUAUUUAUCAAAGGGGUCACUUUUAGAGAGUGGCUUUUUUCACUGGAAUAUUUACCAUUUAAAGGGUUUGCAUUUUUAGCGGGAUUAUCUGCAGCCUGGUUUACAUUGGACACCUGUUAUAGCAAAAUGGGGGGGGCAAGUUCUAAUCAUUUUGCACUUUCUAUGUCUGAUACCUCACAGAGCUGUUGUCUGUCUUUUACUUCAGCAGAAAAAGAAAAACCCCCAAAACGAAUAGGCAAUUAUAAACGAUGUUGCAAGGUAUCAUAGCAAACCACCCCAGCUACCCCUCUGUUCUUGCUGUUACUGUUGUUAGCUUCAGACUUUUGAACAUCUGAAGUUUUCACUAAGGUGCAGGUACUAUCAAAAGAGUCUCCAGGGCACCAGUAGUUUCCCCUGAAGUUUUGCGUUUUUUGCAUUUGAAACCGAAAACUUUAGAACAUUUUGCUGUGCUAAUGAGAUAGUCGAGUCUGGGUCUACAUGGGGGUUUUAACGGCAAAGCUGCGUGGGCUAGGAGUUGGGGAGGGAGAUUGUGCAGAUGCUGGCAAGAGUCCUUUGAGUUGAGCUAGCCGAAAACUCCUUCAGCCCAGCGUAAGCUGCAUCCUCGCCGCGGGUUUCUGGUGGCAGUUAUGGUGAAGCUUUUGCGGUGUAUUCGAAACUAAACUCUUCACAUUUGGACAGAUUUGCUUUAUCCCUGCGGCAAAGCAGUAUUGCAGGCCAAGGUGUAAUGUCCUGAGCCUGGGUAGGUUAUCAAGGAAAAGAAUGAAGCAAAAGGCACACGUGACCCCAAGGAGCAACCAGGGUAGUUUCUUGUACAAGAGAGACUUUGUCUGGCUGGUUAUCAACACAUGUAACAAUUGUAUCAGUACCAGCUGUUACAUCUGCAUGGUUCUGUAGCAAUCAAGGAUAGCAAAACUGUUCCAACCUUUAACCUUGCUUCGUUCAAGGUCAGGAGUGAUUUAGCAGCCACGUGGCACCACAGGGUUGGAUAGCAGCCGCAGUUCCCCCAGCUACAGUGUUUCUGUCCGUGCCAGUCUGUAUUGUGUGCAAAGCCCAGUUUCCUGUCCUCUCCUCGCUGCGCAGGCGUCUUCCAUCUCCGUGUGCCGAGUCCUUUGCAGUUCCCUGCAUGGACCGAGGGGCUACGAGAACUGGCCCUUGCCUGUGUUGCAAGGUGUGUCACGCGGGAGUGUAAAAGGGCCGCCCGCACCUUCUAGCUGACAUGGUUCGGCAGCAAAACCCGUAGUGCGGACCCGGCUGGGCUAGCAGAGCUGCUCGUGCGAGGAAGCAGGCGUGGUCCUGCCACCACAGAGCUGCGGCCACGCAGGAAGAUGCGGCUGCCUCAGUGUUGUCCCUGUCGUGAGCAGCAGCAGCCCUGUGGUGCAGGCAUGCCCCUGGACUGAUGUUCACUGCGAUUUCAAACAUGGCACAGAUGUUUUGUAACCAUCCUGCCCCUUUUCUUUAAACCCGAGUUUAAAACUCGUAAAAAACCUUGAUUUUACCACAGACAUCUCUUUACACUUAAACCAGGGAAAAGCCAGCAUUUGGGGUUUGGUUUUGUGGAGGCCUGUUACUUGGUGUUGGAGAAGGAAAGGGACUGGGAAUAAAAUAUGCAUACCUGUCACCUUUUCUCAAGCAAUGGUGACUCUGAAUUUAAUUGUAUUUCCAAAGUUAGUUUUACCCAACUCGAUCUAAUCAUAUCUAGAGGCCUAGGCUCUCAAAUUGAAGUCUCCGCUAUUGAAUUUCCAGUUCUCAGUGACCCAGGAUCAUGUUCUCAGGUGUCUGCUUCACCUGCAAACUCAUGCUGGCCUCUGCGAGCCAAGUGAGCUCCUUUCAUCUUUCAACACCAAUCAGCAAUUCUGCUAGAAAAAAUCAAGUCUAGUUACAUCUGUGCACCCCCAUUGUCUUGGUUUCUGUCCUGGGUGAAAGAAAGGGCUUGCACAGACAGGUAUAACUGACCAGAAGAUAGGAAACUGCUCUUGAUGAAAGUCAGAAUAAAAGGCUGCUCUUUCUUCCAUAGCCGCGUGGAUUUUCAGGGCUGAAAGUAAAGCUUGCUUAUUUUGACAGGUCCAAUUCUGCUUGUGUUCAGGGAGAGGAGCCGGUCGGCUUGGCGAGAGGGGUGGUGUUUUCACAAGACCAGACUAGAAUAGCACUUCCAAGCUUAGCGAGGGGCUGGCGGGCUGCGCAGGGCAGGGAAGCGCUGUAGAUGCCUGCUCCCAGCAAACGGGCCUGCGCAGGCUCUUGGGGAACCUCUGCUGGGCACGAGCAGCAGCACAGAAGAGUGAAUUUGAAGUGCAAAUAGCACGCUCUGGCUGAAGUAAAUGAAAACAGAUUAAUCCACCUUUUGUUCUGGCACGUGGCAAGAGUCACAGCUCCCUGAGGAGCGCUAAGAGGGUGUCAGAGAGGACACAGGCUUUUCAUCCAAGCAGGAAGUGAGUGAGAGAGCCUGGAGCGCAGUGUAGAGCUUAUUUGGUGGAAGGCCGGGGAAGAACUUUUACCUCUGUCUUGUUCUCUGCUUUCAGAGGGCAGACCUGCCCUUUCGCCAGAUCUGAAUGCAGGUCUCUCCAACAAAGUUACUCUUAAAGUUGGUCCCAGGAGCUGCUCUCCUUGGAACAUGUCAUCCCCUGAGAAACGGCCCUGUUGCCUCCGAGACCACCUCUGGCUUGCCAGCCCGUUGCUUCAGUAUUUGAAAAGCAUUAUUGAAACGUGUGUCACCUGACACUGCUCCCCGGUCUGUUUGAUACCUGUUUAGAUUGCAUCUGUUUCAAGCUGUCAGGUUCCCAGUUAGUUGGUUCUCUGUUGCAUACCCAGAUCUCAGAAACAGGCAGAAUCCCAUAAAUAUUCACUUAAAGUAUGUGGGACCCUUUCCAAACUCCUUGUAUGGUUCCUUCUAGUAUCUUGUGGCUUGCUGCAACAGGCAACUGUCUUUAAAGGGUUACUGCCAAACCGAGGCUUUAAAGGGCUAAAUCUACUACGCUUUAUUGUUCAGUUUGCCUAGCGUAACUGUCAGAUCGAAGGAACUCAUUAUUUUGAAUACCGAAAUGCUAAGGGCUACAACACUUCCCAGGGCUAGUUUGAAGGUCCAGUUGCAAUUAGACAUUGUGCAUAAAUCAUUUUGAAAGAGCAGCUAUUACAUUUUUCUACCAACUUGCAAAUUCUGAAAAUACUUGCUAGAAAAACUGAGCUGAUUGCAAAUAAUCGAUUUUGUCCAUGUGUGUUUGAUUUUGUUGCUCUGCAGCCUCUAUCAUUUUGGGGCAGCGAGUAGACACAGCACAACUGUCCAGCCCUUUAUUUUUUGGAAAUGUUGAAACUGAAGAACUGUUGAUGGAACUAAGAAUACAGGGACUUGGGGAAGAUCCUCUUUCCUCAAGAACAGUCGCUGGAGAUCCCUUUUCAAAUUUGCUUCCUUUGACUUUAGCCGGGCCUACCAAGGAAUAAACUGCCGUGAGACUCAGCCGGUGAGUUCUGUUGUGAACGCGGCUGCUUUCGAACGUUCAAAGGGCUCUUCCCAGGGUACAGGUGAUGCUUAGAAGUGACCGCCAUGAAGAGUGGAAUCUGUUCUGGUGUAAACAGUCACUGUCCUACUUCCAGGUGGUUUCACUUUCCUUUUUGUUUAAGCUGUAACACCCACAGCUGUCCCUCUCAUAGGCUGUUAAACCUAAAUGGUCACCACCUUAACAAUGAUCACAUCUCUAAGGCCCAGUCUUUUGGGAUAUAGUGGCUGAUGUACGGUGCCUGGUUCAUGCUCCAUUUUAAGAACUUUUGUUCAAGUUUAUGCACAACUUAAGCUAAAUUUGGCCCAAGUAAGUUUGUUAAAAGAGAGUGAGUCCACAUGAACUGUCAGCCAAAUAGCACCAAUCCACCGACCUGGAACCAAGCCCGAACAUCCGAGUGUUCCCCACGGAUCGCUGAACAGGUACCUGAUGCAGCCAUCCCCAGGCCCCGUUGGCUUGGGCCUGAUACACGCCUGGUAUGAAAAUCUCCCUUUGCCAUGGGCCGGCUAGGCCUUCCUACUCAGUUUGGUUUUGUUGGGCUGGCAGGAAGUCGUGCAUCAGCUAUUUGUGUUAGGGCCCAGGAGGACACACUUGCAACAUUUUAUUUCCUGGAUAGUGGAUUAGCAAUAACAGUUUCCUUUUGUGCCAGUUCAUUAUCUCUGAAGUGUUCUUAUUGCAGCAAAGUUUGGAUUCUGACAUGGCUUUAAUGCUUUUGCACUAGCCAAGAUUAUUAGCACAGAAACGGAUGUUGAGCUGAAUCCGGGCAGUGUCCCUGGAUGAACAUCUAGUAGGGCUUCCCAACUUGUUUUCAGAUGGUUACAGUUACCCAUCAUUUUUAGAACAAAUAUACAACUACGAUGUGUGGGUGUUUUUUAACCUCCUUUUCAUAACACUAGCUUAUUGUAAAUUGCAUGAAAUAAACCUGUUUUCCCUUUUAAAA